AUGGAGGAUGACAACUUUAGAGGUGACAUUACGGAGGAUGAAGAUUUGAGAGGUGACAAUAGUGAAGGUGUUACUAAUGUCGCUACUUGGCAGAAGAAUGAUGACGACUCGAGUGAUGCUGCUGCUACUUUAGCUGCUGCUCUUGCCUCGGCCUAUGGGGGGGUGGACGAAGGAGACGAGGAGAUGGGGGAGGAGGAAGAGGAGGAGGAAGGAGCAGAGGAAGCAGAGGAAUCAAAGGGUGCAGAGGGAACAGAGCGAGCAGAGGAAGCAGAGGGAACUGAGGGAACAGAGGGAGGAAGGGAAUCAGCGGGAGCAGAGGGAACAGAGGGAGCAGAGGGAACAGAGGAAACAGAGGGAGCAGAGGAAGCAGGGGAAGCUGAGGGAACAGAGGGAGCAGAGGAAGCAGCGGGAGCGAAUGAUUUGGUGUGUGGCGAUGCAGAGGACAUGAGGCGUGGGGAAGAAGAGAAGGAAGAGGACGAGGAGGAUUUGGUGGUUGGUGAAGCGGAGGAGAUGAGGCGAGUGUGGGAGGCUGCUGCUAAGGCGAGGCAAGCCAAGAGGCAAGCGCAGUGGCACAUGGAGCAGCAGCGGCAGCAACAGCAGCAGGGGCAGCAGCAGCGGCAGCAACAGCAGCAGGGGCAGCAGGGGCAGCAGCAGCGGCAGCAACAGCAGCAGGGGCAGCAGCGGCAGCAGGGGCAGCAGCAGCAGCAGCGGCAGCAACAGCAAGGGCAGCAACAGCAGCAGCAGCAGCAGCAGCAGCAGCAGCAGCAACCGCAGGGACAGGAGCAGCAGUGGCAGCAGCAACUGCAGCACCAACAACAACGGCAGCAGCACCACCACCACCACCACCAGCAGCAGCACUCCCAGCAGCGGCAGCAGCAGCACCACCACCAACAACAACAACACAACCAGCAGCAGCAGCACCAGCAGCAGCAGCAUCGGCAGCAGCAGCAGCAUCAGCACUACCAGCAGCAGCAGUGGGUUGAGGCUGAGAGUCUUAGCAGCGAUGAGGACAAGGGUCAAGAAGAGCUCGCUGGUAGCAGCUCUAGCAGCCCUGAGGACAGCAGUCAUGCUGAACUCUCCUCGUUUGUUGCUGCCUCGUUUGGAGGUGCUUCGUUUGGUGCUUCUUUGUUUGGUGCUGCUUCGUUUGGAGUCAAGGGAGUCAAGGGAGUGAAAGGGGUCAAUGGAGUGAAGGGAGUAAAUGCAGUCAAGGUUACAGGUAGAGGGGCAGAGCAGGGAGCAGAGCAAAGAGCAGAGCAGAGGGCAGAGCAGAGGGCAGAGCAGAGGGCAGAGCAGAGGGCAGAGCAGAGGGCAGAGCAGAGGGCAGAGCAGAGGGCAGAGCAGAGGGCAGAGCAGAGGGCAGAGCAGGGAGCAGAACAGAGAGUGCAUGGGGUUCGGGGAAGAGGGGGAGUAGGGCGUGGGGUUUGGAAGGGUGGGCAUGGAAGGUUUGAUGCAGUUGAUGUUGAUGACUCGGAUCCCAGUCACACUGACUCAGCUUCAAGCUGUGAUGAGUCAGACGCCUCCACUGCUAAGGCUAGGGCGAGCAGGCGUGAAGCAGCUGCUGGGCGUUCAGCUGCUGCAGGAGGUGCGGGGAGGGGUGGGGAUGGUGGGACUGUUGGGAUUGGUGGGAUUGGUGGGACUGGUGGGGGUGCUGCAGCAGGUGGGGGGACUGGUGGUGCAGUUAGGGGUGGCAGCAGUGGGUCAGAAGGGAGCUUUGAGGCGCGGGUUUUCAGAGCGUCUGCAGCCCAGCGGGCUUCUGGUGAAGGGAUGAUGGGAGGGCGGAGAGUGGUAGGUAAGAGAGGAGCAGACGGGUCAGCAGAAAGGGCAGGAGAAGGGGCGGCAAAAGGGGCAGCAGAAGGAAUGUACGCAGCAGUUGACGGGGUGACAGAAGCAGCUGGUUACAGAAAGGCACAAAAUACAAAAGCAGCAGAUACGGCAACGGCUGUCGCUGCAGCAGAGAGGAUCGGGGGGGAAGCGGGAGCAAGCAUGGGCGCAGCAGGAACUGAGAGAAAGACAGCAGCAGGAGAAGCUGCAGACACUACAGGAGCAGCGGACAGGAGAGGGGUUGGAGCUGCAGAUGGGAGAGGGGUUGAAGCAGCAGAGAGGAAUUGCGUAGGAGUAGCAGGCAGGGGUUGGGUCGAAGCAGCAGCAGCAGCAGCAGCAGCAGCAAAAAUGGAUGUGGAGAGAGAGGGAGGCACAGCAGCAGGAGCAGCAGAGGAAGAGGAGCAGCGGCAGGGGAGUUUGAGUGGAGAGAAGAGGGAAAGGCGGAAUGGGUUAAGAGAGACUCAAGAUCUAACUGGAGGGUCCGAUGGAGGGCACAAAACGCCAAAGAAGCAAAGGAGGGAUGAUGGAUUGAAGGAUGGUCGGAUGACGGAUGGUGGGAUGAAGGGUGGAGUAGACAAGACGGAGAAGAGAGAGAGGGAGGUUGCGGCUCGGCAGCAGAAGCGAGUGGAGGAGGUUCGGCAGCAGCAGGAGCAGGUCGAGAGGGCAUCUGGUCUAAAGGAGCAGCUGAGAGCAUCAGUCCACACUGACCUUGCCAAGCGCAUGGCAGGGUGCCGUGACUUUGCGUCAGUCCUUGAUAAAAUCGGGAUAAAAGUGGAUGGCAUGCCGCAACCAUCCACUCAGCAGGUUGAAGCAUCUUUCAAGAAGGCGCUGCUUCGGUAUCACCCGGACCGGAUGGCGAGGCUCGGAGCAGGGGCGGACGUUCGGAAGCAGGUAGAGGCAGAGGAGACCUUCAAGAUGAUGCUGGAGAAGAAGAAAACGCUUCCCCUUGUUGCACCACCGCCUGCCCCACCUGCUGCUGCCCCAGCUUACCCAGAUUUUGGUCUGCCCAAGUAUCACAAGUUUGGCAGGAGACGUUAUUAUUACUAA